AUGCUGGCAGACUUGCCAUCCGAAAUAAUAUACCAUAUUGCAACAUUCUUGCCCACAGCAAGUUCUCUUACUCGUCUGUCGCAAACGUGUCAGCGUCUGUACAAGAUUAUCACUGCGGACGAUCGCAUUUACCGCCUCUUCAUCCGAAAUCGAUUUCCAGUACUCGGAGAUACUCCGCCUUUUUGGAAGGAUGUCGUACAAGCUGUAACAUCGCGAUCCCGAGCUCUUGAUCGUUGCGCCGUGGUAGCACGUUUCGUUGUCCCAUCGAAUACCGCCAAGGUGGUUGGCAUCCGCGACACACAAAGACAUGAUCGCCCAACGAUAGGAUAUCGACCUACGGUGGAUAGCUAUGAGGUAUGGACAGGGGAGCGCUGGCAAGAUAGGGAAGAUGUACUUGCCUGGGGAGCAGCAGCAGAGAUUGCUCUCAGGAUCAAAAAGACAGGGACAGGUGCCCAUGAGACGUGGCUGCGUUUCAACGAUUUGGAGCACGUCAGUAGUCACGACGAUGUGCGCGGCCUCCACCUCUUGAGGCCAGAUCAUCAAAGUAUAUCUGCUGGAAAGCAGCAUUUGAUCUAUGCACGGGCAAGGGGCGACGUCUCCCAUAUUGCGAUCGAUCCCGACACUGCAACCUACCACCAACAACAAUCAUUCGCCACCAAUGAUACUGAAAUACAUAGCCUGGAUCUCAGCACAGGCUCAGAUCCGAUCCUUGCUGUACAUAGUUUUGACGGGAAUAUCUCACUGUACAAAACGACAACGAAAGAUCCGCAAGUCACUCCGUUCGCACAACUCGAGGGCGAAACCGAAGAAGGGACGCCGCGUCACUUUGUCAAAUUUCUUGCCCCAUCAAGACUAGCGGUUGGACAUGGGAAGAUUGCAGAUACAAUUGUCGUGUCUGACUUGGCAGAAGAUCGCAUUUCGACUCAUCGUGAACUCACUUUCGAAGAUGCGUAUCAUCGUUCUCUAUGGCCGGGAAGGAAAGCACGAGUAGGUGCCAUUGCGCCUCUAGGAGUCGAAUCAUAUGGUGGAGGAACUCAUGGAGAAGUCUUUUUAGCUGGCUGGGGGAAUAGUAGAGUGAGACUCCACGACCUUCGCUCGCCCAAGAUGUUCGAGCGCGAAUACAUAGAUAUCAUGGACAGCAAUCCAAUAUAUUGCAUCCAGCCCUUGUACGACCGUUUUCUCGUAGGUUCAGGAUCCGAAGCAGUCGUGAAUAUAUUCGACCUUCGCAUGCACAACUACAGCCACUACGAAACGAAGCCAUCACCCUCCACAUCAUGCAGUUACGACGCUCCACCAAACGAAUUCUCAUUUUUCCUCUCUCAUCAUCCGCCAAAUGUGCCGAGGAACCGCAAUUAUGGGACAUAUCGUGGUCCCAUUUAUACAAUGUCAUCACCUUCACCUACCUCUUCAACAGUAUACACAGGUGUCGUUGAUGGAGUAGUACGCCUCGAUUUUGGCUCGACUGAUGAUUUUUUGGGUGAUAAUACUAGAAACUGGUAUCAGGACUAUCUUGACUUUGAUGCUCAUGACCUUUCUAAAAACGCAUCAACUUCAAAUUCUGCGCGUCAUCGUCGCCAGCACUCUACAACCGGAGAAGGAAUUCUUGCGCUUUCGGGCUAUGAGCGACCAAGCCCUGAGAAUAAAUCAGCCAGUGCUAAAUUAAGAUCUCAGGUGCCUUUCUGGAGUUUGAGUGAGGUGGACGAGAUAAGGGAAAGAGAAAGUGGAUGGGAUCGACGCUGGAGACGACUAGACGAGAAUCAAUCGUGGAGGUCGAGGGGAGGAUAA